CGGAGGUGAAGUGUACUUCGCUGAGAAAAGGUCCAAUCUGAAUACGAGGUUCCGUCAUAAUGGCUUCGGGAGGAAAGUCGCUGUCUGCGCUGUAGCUGUCACUAACAUGCGGGAUUACGAUGAAGUUACCGCUUUCUUGGGAGACUGGGGGCCACAUCAGAAACUUCUCUUCUUUCUUCUGAGUGUCAGCGUCAUUCCAAAUGGUUUCACCGGAUUAAGCAUAAUUUUCGUCGGAGAUGUCCCAGAACAUCGCUGCCUAAUUCCCGAGAAUCUCAACCUCAGCGAAGCAUGGAGGAACAGGACGAUCCCGCUACAGGGUCCCGAACAACGGCGCAGCAAGUGCACUCGGUACCGGCUGGACGUGAUACUGAACCUUUCGCAGACAUUCCCCGACCCAGACUUCCUCAACGUGUCUGAGAUCGAACAGGAACCGUGUCUGGAUGGAUGGGAGUACAGUAAGGAGCAGUACAUCUCCACUAUCGUCUCCGAGUGGGACUUGGUGUGUAACAAUGGCUGGAAAGAACCAUUUGCUGCAUCAGUGUACUUCACCGGAGUGUUAAUAGGUUCCUUUAGUUCUGGAAUAUUAUCAGACAGGUUUGGGAGGAAAAUUGUUAUGUUUGGGACAAUGGUGCUACAGGUUGCCUUCAAUGUGCUUAUCACAUUCUCACCAAACUUGGAAAUCUUCUGCCUGAUUAAUUUCUUGAAAGGUUUUGGUGAAAUUUCAAAUUAUAUGUCUGCCUUUGUUCUUGGAUCUGAACUUCUUGAAAAAUCCAUUCGGAUAGCAUACUCUACACUUGGAGUUGCCAUGGGUUUCGCAUUGGGCUAUAUGAUCCUCCCUUUUGUUGCAUAUUUCAUAAGAAAAUGGCAGAUGUUAAUAUUGACCCUGUCUCUCAGCUGUUUGGUGUACAUUCCUUUGUGGUGGUUUAUUCCUGAAUCUCCACGCUGGCUAUUAUCUAAAGGAAGAGUAGAGGAGGCUGAAUCAAUAAUUCGAUUCAUGGCAAAGAAAAAUGGUGUCACUCCUCCAGCGAUGCUUUUCAGUGAAGAUGAGCUCGAGCACAUAAAGAAUAAGAAAGUAAAAUCUGUUCCAUUUACUCAGUUGUUAAAAACCUGUAAUAUCCGAACCAUCACAAUCAUUAACAUUCUGCUGUGGAUGAUUAUAUCAAUGGGAUACUAUGGCCUGUCAUUGAACAUACCCAAUUUCCAUGGUGAUGACUAUCUCAAUUGUUUCCUCUUUGCUGCCUCAGAGAUUCCAGCCAACAUAGCAGUAUGGCUUCUCUUUCAGAAGUUUCCACGCAAGUUCAGCCUUUCAGUCACUCUUUUUCUUAGUGGAAGUAUCCUGCUCUUCAUUCAUUUCAUCCCAUCACAUUUUUUAGCACUUGCUACAGUGCUGGUGUUAAUUGGAAAAUUGGGAAGUACAUGUGCCUUUUCCAUGGUUUAUAUCUACACCGCUGAACUGUAUCCGACCCCAGUGAGAAACACAGGCGUCGGAGUGAGUUCAAUGGCAUCCAGGCUUGGCAGUGUCAUCUCACCUUACAUUCUUUUGCUUGACGAUUAUCAAGAGAAUCUGUCGCUUAUUGUGAUCGGUAUGUUAACAAUGUUCGCAGCAAUUGCAGUUUUGUUUCUGCCCGAAACAUUUAAUGUUCCUCUCCCAAAUACUAUGGAACAAAUGCAAAAACUCUUUUGGUUCAAAGAUAGAAGACGUGUUCACUCUAAUUUAAGCAAAAAUGAAACAACGGAAAAAAGUAGGGUGAUUGUUCUUGAGGAAGCUGCUUGACACUCUUUUGACCACAGAUCUUUAGCAGCAGACAAACAACUGAAGAUUUCAUCACAAAUUGGAUCAUGGAUUGGCAGAUGUGCGAAAACAUAAAGUGAAAUUGAGAAAAAUUGGAGUACUCUCUACAAUACUCAGAUGCUCUGCAAGCAACAGGUUUUGAUGGUUAUUACCAAGUUUUAAUGAAAUAUAUUUUCUACAAAAUUUUCUGCAAGAUAUUAUGGGAAAAAAUGAAAUUGUUGUGCUUCCUUGGAUCAAAUUGCCUUAUAAUCACUUGAUGUUUUCCUCUUCAUAGA